AUGCCACGGCUCAAUGAUCUUCAUCAGUUAAUUGGUCAAUCAGUGCCACAAGGAGGAUAUAGAGCUCGUGUGGAACUCAUCCAAUCUCUUUAUUCAUCCAUGUUACCACCGCAAAGUGCUCACGUACUUGAGCCUGUUGUUGAGGGGGGUACAGAAGAAAAUCCCCCUGAAAACGCCUUGGAUCGGGUGCCAACAGAACGGCUUGAAACAGAGCAGCUCGGUCAGGAACAGUGGUUCAUCAAUCAUAUGGCAAAUGUACAGCUGGCAAUGGAUACAGCGCAGCGUGGAACAGAGCAGCCUGGAUCUGAGCCAGCCUGGAUCUGA